AUGCCGGGUUCUACGGGUAUCACAAACGAGUUCGAGUGCAUAAUUUGCACGGAUGAAUAUGCUCAAACUCGCCGUCCGCUCAUCUUCGAGUGCGGGCACAGCUUCUGCGAGCGCUGCAUACUGGGCGAGCAGGAGAAUCAAGUAAUGGAUUGUCCGACUUGCCGUGAGGAGAUCGACGUCAUUAUUGUCAAUUACGGGUUGUUGGCCGCCCACGAGGCCUACAAGAAGCUGCGGAGGGAGCAGCGCAAAUCGACAAAGGAGAUACGGCGGUUGAAGCGUGAAGUCGAAUAUCUGAAGCUGCAGAAUGGAGAUGACUCGGACGGGGUUUUGCAACGACUCGCCUCCUUGGACGUCGAGUCGAGCAGCAGUGAAAGCGAGGAGGAGGCUCCACUUCCGGAAAACCAUACUCCGUUGCGACUCCCAGCACGCAUCGGCCAUCGACGAUACCGGCUCGACCCCGAAGACCUGUUGCACAUCGGCGAAGCUUUUGAUUCGUGGGAGCUCGACGAGCUGAACGAUUACGACGGACUCGAGCCGAACUUUGACGACAUGGACUUGAGCCGCGCCGAUAUCAUGAGCGACGACGAGCUGGAGGAGCAGAUGCAUCGUCCCCCGCAUCCCGGAUGGGAGCGCACCGAUAAGCUGUUUUUACGCGGAUUGCCGGGAUAUGUGACCGAGGAGGAGGUGAAGGCGGUCAUCUUUGGUCACCAGCCAACCAUCGGACAGCCCAGUUUUCGUUUCGUCAGAGGUGGAAUGUCUAAAAAUUGCAUCGCCGAAUUCGAGGGAGGACAGGCCGUCAUCGAGCAGAUCAUCCGCGACUGGCACUUCAUGCAUUACCCGGGCCAUGACGAGCACCGACUGGAGGCGUCGUUCUGGUGGAUAAACCCGAACCAUCAUCAACGCCGUGGGGCUGCCGUGCACCGUGGCCGCGGUUAUGGACGUCGGCCCAACAACCGCCCGCGACCACAACCUCAAAAUAAUGACGACAACUUGGUUUUUCGGACCUAUAAUUACACUCCUCCAGAUGGGUUUUACCACCACGAGGAAGACUGGGCGCACAACCCGAAGCUGGACUACCAUUGCUGCGCCCUACACUGCGGCCCAGCGAUCGUCACCAGCCAUUCUCUCACGCAAGGAAAAGCAGAUCAUAUGAGGAAAACAGCAGGCAAAAAAAACAAUUGCAGUAUGGCUUCGACGAGCGGCGGGGAGCGUGAAGUCAACGAUUGUGUAAUUUGUUUACAGUCUUUUUCUGACUCACGACGUCCUGUCCUUUUCAAUUGUGGCCAUGAUUCGUGCGAGCCGUGCUCAAUGGUUAGCGGAUCUGAAAUUGUCACGUGUCCAACAUGCCGCGGGAUGAUCAGCGUCAGCAUCGUGAAUUUUCCGUUGAUGAAAGCCCAAGAAGCACAACGGAAAGCCGACAAAAUCAUCGAGGACCUGCGGCGCGAGUUGGCGCUUGCAAAAGGAUUGCCAGAGCCUGCCACGACAUCCAGGGAUCCGGCGGACGAAGAAGACCCGAUCGCGGCGCUUUUGCGACGUCACGCCGUGCGUGAAGGCACGCUGAAGCAGAUGUGCGUCACCGAACACAACCCCGGCUCACGAACUUGCAAAAUCGAAGCGGUGAAGGUGAUGCCGAGGAAUGCGUCAAUUUUGGCUGGCCACCCGUCUCCUUUCACGCAUCAGGAAAUGGUCAAAACCGAGCAGCUCUUCCUCUACAACUUUCCGGACGUGAUCUCAGAAGCGGAUGUGAAGCGCGUCAUCUUGGGCAGGGCCAAAUUGAAGGUGCCGCUAGUGAUUCGAACAGUAGGGAAAAAAAGGAUUUGCAUCGUCGAUUUUACACGAGGAGCAGCAGUGACGGAACAGAUCAUCCGUAAGUGGCACGGGAAAAGCUAUCCGGGCACUCGCACUGUAGUGGCCGCCGAUUUUUAUUGGACGUGGCCGGAUGGUCGAGCGAUGGAACGACGGUUUAAGCCGGCCACGCUGCUGUGGAACUUCCGCAUCGAGUUCUUCAGGCCGCCAGGCGAGAAUGCGGCGCCUGAAUACCGAGGGCGCUUCCUCGACCGCUACCUGAACGCAGAAGGCGCACACGAUCUGGUAGAUGACGACUGGGACGACGGGUUGAGCGAAUCGGACGACGGGUUCCCGGAGGGAUUUCGGGUCCCCCGCCUCAUCUCCGAGCCGGAAUCGGAAGAUGAAGAAGAUUGG